CUACCUAAAGUACACAGUACACAGUACUCUUUACCUGCAGCUACUGCUACCCACGCCGUGGAGUACCUACGUGGUCCCUGCUUCUCCUCUACGAGCACAACUCUACCUGCAGCCUCACCUAAUCGCCAAUUCCACCUUGCUCUCACCGCAACAACCAUUCUUUUCAUCCUUUUUUAAUCCUGCAAAAUUCCUACCUCGAAGUUCCUCUAUCCUACCGCUCAUAUUCGCUCCCACCCACCUUUCGUAUUCUUCCCAAACCGUGUGGUCGUGUGCCCAAAAAGUCAAGUCACAUCCCACCCUCUCAUACGCCAUACGCAAAACGCCGCCGGAAAUAAGUCCAUCAAAAUCUGAAGCGGGUCCGAAACGACAUCAUAGGCGGCCCUGUCAGCCAAAUUUGUUCCUGACCUCGCCUGCAUCAUCCUGCGUUCAAAAGCCACAGUCCCUACCGUCCUUUCAGGUCGUUUGCUCUUUAUCUGGUUCUCUGAUCUAUAGACCACGCAGUCGGUCAUGAGCUUGUCACAUGGGCACAACCGACGACGAAGUUCGUCCCUAGAGCGGCGCGAUCCUUACUCUUCCCCGUCCAUCUAUUUCGAUGAAGAUUCGGUUAGAUACCAAUUAUUGGGCAAUCGCAACAGAGCCGUGUCAUCGUACAUCAAACCUGCACGUGAAACAUCUCUCCUCUCUGCUAAGGGCAGCUAUCCUGCACGCCGCACAAGUCACGAUGAACAUACGCAGCAAAACCAAGAGCUCUUGGUGGUCGUCGAACGGACGCUGAAAGACCUCCAUGAAAGAGAAGACCUUGACAAUAACCAGCAGAUCACAAUUGAGGACAAUGGCCCCAAGGUAAGCCUGUGGUCAUUCCCUCCAGGGAUCUUGGUGGCUGAUAGGUGUACAGCAUAUCACUUUGGGCACCUUGGCCUCUGCUGGUUAUCGGUCGACUGACAUCCGUGGAAACUACAUGAUCAGCAACCUCCUUCAAGAGCUGACCUUGGCACAAGAUUUGGGCAAGAAGGUGGUCAAGAUACAUCGGUCUCGGCUGAGUGAAAAUCCUGUGGAUCGUCUCUCCCGCCGCAUCAGAGACGAAUUCUGGAACAAUCUGACAAGGACCCUCGAUGCUGACACCAUUGAGAAGGCUGGCCGUGACCCUAAGGACUGGACAGACGAUCCUCGACCUCGCAUUUACAUUCCUCGUGGCUGUCCGGAGCAGCAUGAGUAUUACACCCAUGUAGCGAAAGACCGUCCUGAAUUGAGGCUGGAUGUUCGCUGGCUACCCGAAGGUCCCAUCACGGCAGAAUAUGUUCGUAGUUUGAACGACUCCCCUGGUAUUCUGGCUCUUGCUAUGAAGAAGGUCAUGAUCGAUGGAAAAGAAACCCUCAAGGGAGAGCCUUUCAUCGUCCCUGGAGGGCGAUUCAACGAGCUCUAUGGCUGGGACAGUUACAUGGAAUCCAUCGGCCUCAUAGAGAACGGCAGGGUGGACAUUGCCAAGUCCAUGGUCAUCAAUUUCGCCUUUUGUAUCGAGCACUAUGGCAAGAUCCUGAACGCCAAUCGAUCCUACUACCUCACCCGAUCUCAACCGCCAUUCUUGACAGACAUGGCCCUGAAGGUCUAUGACAAGAUCAAAUCAGAGAGAGGUGCGGAGGAAUUCUUGAAACUGGCGAUUCGCGCAGCGAUCAAGGAGUACUACAGUGUCUGGAUGUCGACGCCUCGUUAUGACCCUACCACUGGUUUAUCGCGCUAUCGUCCUGACGGUCUUGGUGUGCCUCCGGAGACUGAGGCUUCUCACUUUGUGCAUAUCCUCACUCCCUAUGCUGAGAAACACGGGAUGUCCUUUGAGGAGUUCGUCGAGGCGUACAAUGAAGAGCGGGUGCACGAACCCGACCUGGAUGAGUAUUUCCUGCAUGAUCGUGCAGUGCGAGAAUCAGGUCACGAUACGUCCUAUCGUCUGGAAGGCUGUGCUGCAAAUCUGGCCACGGUCGACCUCAACUCGUUGCUCUACAAGUACGAGGCCGACAUUGCUUGGUGCAUUCGUACACAUUUCAAGGAUCGAUUGACCAUGCCCGAGGAGUUUCAAACCGACGCCAAUCGGAGAGAAGGGUACGAGACUUCAGCGACCUGGGAGCGGCGGGCCAAAUUGCGCAGAGCCCGAAUGGACAAGUAUCUGUGGAAUGAGGCCAAGGGAAUGUACUUUGACUAUGAUACGGUCAACAAGAAGCGCACCAACUAUGAAAGCGCAACGACGUUUUGGGCGAUGUGGGCAGUAUGUGCAUCGCCCCGGCAAGCAGCGUCAUUGGUGCUCAACGCACUGCCCAGGUUUGACUGUUUUGGAGGGUUGGUCUCUGGAACAGAGGCCUCUCGCGGUGAGGUUGGACUCGACCGUCCCAAUCGACAAUGGGACUAUCCCUUUGGAUGGGCUCCUCAGCAGAUGCUGGCGUGGGGUGGCUUGAUCAAAUACGGAUACAUUGAAGAAGCACAACGACUGGCGUACAAGUGGUUGUACAUGGUUACCAAGGCAUUCGUCGAUUUCAAUGGCGUGGUUGUGGAGAAGUACAAUGUGACUCGCGAGCUCGAUCCACACAAGGUCGAGGCCGAAUAUGGCAAUCAAGGUGCUGACUUCAAGGGCGUUCCCAGAGAAGGGUUCGGGUGGGUGAAUGCCAGCUAUGUAUACGGAUUGUCCUUCAUUCCGAUGCAUAUGAAACGAGCUCUGGGCACCCUCACCCCAUGGGAAACGUUUGCCAGAGCGACCCAGAUCGACCUUGGCGACUUGAACGAAACGAUUCAAGAAGGAUCCGACGAGUCGAGACCCGAUUCUGCGGAUGAGGCAGACGCGGCCGUCUUGUCCGGAUCCGAGCACGACAGAUGAAACAUGACAAUUCGGAAAGAUUCGGAAGAGGAUGCGAUGGGAUUGAUGAUGUGAUGUCCUUUUAUGAAUGCAUUAUCCUUGGGGCAAGAUUCAGAUUGCCGACACCAGAGUUUCUAGAUCCGACGAGGAACGGCGUUGGGGGGAUGAUGAUUCUUCUUCUUUAUUAGCAGGCCAGUGAGCCAGAGGCAUUUGAUCAUUGAGCCGGCGUUUGUGUGGUGGUUACGGAGUGGCAUGGAUGACCCCUUAACAGUUUCCCUGAGGGUACGUUUUUUGUACAUAGUGCUAGCGUUUUCGCACAGCAAUCAUCAUCAUCAACAACA